CCGUACURAAACGAAAGUAUUAAAUAUUCCACGAUGUUUUCCAAGAGAACUUUUUGCGCCGUCGCCAUGGCCGUUGCCAUGGCUUGCUCUACCGAAGCCUUUAUCCAAAAGGGAGGUGUUGCCAGCAACGUCAUGAUGCUCGGCAAAAAAAGCGGUGGAAAGAUCGCCACCGCCCCAAAGUGAGUUUGAUGGCUGAACAUGCCUUCGGGUUUGGGUGAAUCUUAUUGAUGUWUCUGGAUUKUAAUUGGAGUAUUUUCUGUUUGCUUAAWGCUGCAGUAURAGUGUACGAAUUUGAAACAAAAACCAGAUCCAUGUAUUUUCUACACUGAAAAAUUUCUUUUUGAGUGAUGAAUAGAUCGAUUCAAAAUUCGACUAGCUCUGUCGGUACCAACYAGAUUCGACAUUACAUCACCGUUCUCUUACCCACUUUUUUGUGUUUUUCUCGUGCAGGGGUGCCGUCAAGAAGAGCAGGGGAGUCAAGCUCUCUGCCUCCAAGGCUGCUGAUUCCGAAGGAAAGUCAGGACUGGGAGAAACCCUUCAAGUUGGUACCUACUUCGCUCUUUGGUACCUGUUUAACAUCGCCUACAAUAUCUACAAUAAGCAAGCCCUCAACGUCCUUGAUUACCCUUGGACCAUCGCCACCAUUCAAAUGGCCACCGGUAUCUUCUACUUCGUCCCRAUGUGGCUGACCGGUUUGCGCAAGGCUCCUAAGCUCUCUUUCUCUGAGCUCAAGACUCUUUUCCCCAUUGCCCUUUGCCACACCGGUGUUCACGUUGGUGCYGUUAUUGCCCUCGGAGCUGGAGCCGUUUCCUUCGCYCACAUUGUCAAGGCGUCUGAACCGGUCGUCACUUGCCUCAUGAACUACCUCUUCUUGGGACAAGUUCUUCCUUUGCCUGUUUACAUGACCCUUCUCCCUAUCAUUGGAGGAGUUGCCAUUGCCUCCAUGAAGGAACUCUCCUUCACUKUCCUUGCCCUCGCUUCCGCUAUGCUUUCCAACGUUUCCUCGUCGGCCCGUGGUGUCCUUUCCAAGAAAACCAUGUCCGGAAAGUCCAUCGGCGAAAAUCUCGAUGCCCAGAAUCUUUACGCUGUCUUGACUGCCAUGUCCACUUUGGUCUUGAUCCCUAUGAUGUUGGCUAUUGAAGGAACUGGAUUCUUCUCUGCCUUCAAGAACGUUGUCUCCGCCGGAGACUUCACCAACAAGUCCUUGGCUGCUCUCAUGGCUCUUGGUGGUGCYAGCUACUACGCAUACAACGAGGUUGCCUUCUUGGCUCUCGGAAAGGUCAACCCUGUCACACACGCUGUCGGAAACACAAUCAAGCGUGUUGUCAUCAUUGUCGCCUCGGUUGUCGCCUUCAAGACACCAAUGAGCACCGGAUCGAUCAUUGGAUCCUCCAUUGCCAUUGCCGGAACCCUUUUGUAUUCCUUGGCCAUGAACGCCUCUAAGAAAUAAAUAUCUUCUCAAGACAAAAAUUUUACAGCGCUACGCAAGCUACAGUAUAUAGUUA